AGGAAAUGUGGGAGGAGCUCGCCAAUUUGCUAAACGAUGCCGGCCCUCCCACAAAGCCCGUGGUGCACUGGCGUUGCUGGUGGAAUAGAUUUGUAAGUCGGGCCAGGGUGGACGCAGGAAACCUCUCCGCCGAGAUGAAGUAAGUAAACCAGGCGUGCAUGCGUUACGGUAACGUCUGUUUCGAGCGUUUACGCAAACCACAUUGCAGGUCUACCGGCGGUGGACUUCUUGGGGGCGCCAAGGGCCGAGUGCUCGCCCUACUCGGCCCUGCAAGCACCGUACCGGCGCGGCCUGCGCCCUUCGUGAGCAGCCACUGCGAAAGCGACUCCCGGCAACCACACACCUCAGCUGUGACUGAGGUGUCACAGCCAGGCGACACCUCAGUCUCUGCAGCCUCAGCACCUCAGCAGCAACCACCAUCUGCGAGCACCGGCGUUACAGGAAGGUGUAGUGCCAGCCGGCCUCCAAGAGCUACAUCAAGUGGCCGCUUGCUGCAGCAGGCUGUGGGGGACACCGCGAAAAGGGUCACCCUCGCAGCUGCGCGAAAUGAGCUAGCCGAAAAAUUAUUGGAGGAGUCCCGCAAGCAAACUGCUGAGCUGCAGGCGCUCAACGACCAGGUUGGCAGGCUGGCCGACGCAGUGGAGCGGCAGGCAGACGCCCUGGAACGGCAGCUGAGGCCAAUUUCGGAGUUGGCCACAGUCAUGGCCUCAUUUAUUGCAAAUUAUACGCCACAAGUUUAGUGUUGAUUUCCAACUAAUGUGUAUGUAUUAAAACUUCUUAAAAACACCAGCAUAUGUUUCAAGGUUUACUAGUAAUGUAGUGUGGCAAUGUCACAGGUGAAACUGCCCCAAAUUAUUUUUGCAGCAAUUCUUGGAGCAAGUAACAUUGCGUGUUAGAGCAGUCUGGAGCAGACAUAAUUGUAUUUUGGAUCAAUUUGGGGCAGAAAAUAUUCAUUUUGAUGCAGUUUGGAGCAGGCCAAUGUCAAUUUUGGUGGAAUAAUGGAAUUUACAGGGCACUUCGAAAGCACAUAGGUACAUUAAAGACCAACACGAAAACAACAUUACAGUUUGUAAAGAGGCCGCAUUGUGCAUGUUUUUCUGCAGAAAGGCAAGAGCAUUGGUGGCACUAUGAUCUAACUACACAUUCCCGUGCCAAAGCUGAUAACUGCAAUGUUAUUAAAUCAUGUGGUGCAAUCAACGCGGUCACACAGCUUCUAGUUCACGAUAUGUCACUGCAGUCGCAGAGAGCCGCGACCAACUCCGGGCUGGUGAAGCUUCUAGCUAUUCCAAUCUGUUUUUACCGCAAUAGCAAUUAUAUGGACACUGUAGGCGCAUUUGUGCCGUCGCUGUAGCCGUGAUGUUCCAGAUUAAUUCCAGGGGUACACUUCUUUGCAGUACAUACGUACAUACAGUACAUACGUACAUACUAAGUGUACAUACUGCAAAGAACUAUGUUCACUUCUUUGCAGUACAUACGAGCAUAACAUGUCGAAAAAGUAAACCGCUCCUCGAUGAUGGGACACAAAUGUGUGUCCGCCUCAGACAGCGGAAAAAUCUCGUCAUGUUAACGACUUACAGCAUAAAUAAAUCUCGAUGUGUGUCACAAUGUAACACACGUAGGAAACUAAAGGGAACAUGACGAAUAUGGCCAAUCAUUCAAAGAUGACAAAUUCUAAUAAAAGAAUUGUCGCACGAGACCAUUUGAGCAAGCACAGUAACAGCACAGCCCACAUAGCAUGUCUUCCAGUGCAUACAGAACAACAAACUGUUGCCACAAAAGUUUGAGUGCGUUCCUUUACAGCUUAUGCUAUCGAAACCUAAACUGUAUGUUGAAUAAUUCACAUGGACAUAAAGGAGGUGGAAACUACGGCUUGGCAUAUGAACUGCAUGCAUUUUUGGUUUCGGUCAUGAGUGAACAUGACCUCGUAGGAGCACAUGGAAAUACACGGUAAGAAGCUUGUCUUUGUCAGCCAUGCAACAAAAAUCACUUUCUCAGUCACAACAGUACAGGUGACACAUUGAGAUACACAUGAUAAUGCAACAUAGCUCGAAACAUAUCAUUCAACCAAAUGAGGUGACCAGCGAAUUGUGAAACGCACCUAAAAACAAAAAACUUCGUAUGAUCAGCCCCACAUUGCUUUUAGCACAAUGCUUAGUUUCCGUUGUAAAUUUAUUUUCAAAGUUGUGCAACACAAAAGAAGGGAAUGAAAUGUAAAUUUUGUCAGCCACUCAAACGAGGAACAAUUGUGCAAGUUGCACUUUUUAACAUGAACCGCAUAGUUCGAGUUCGCAAAGGUGUUGCAAAUAUGCUGUCAAUUUAAUAUUGUACAUCAUAAAGCGCACUGAAUGUGCAGCAAUGCUACGUAAGCUGUUCCGCGUUUGAAGAUCAUUGUUGGGUGUCAUUCACAUUCAGGUACAUACAAUCGUGUUAUGUUACACGUUUCACGUCGUGGCGCCCUUCUUUCAGUGAAGCUUUCCGAAAUUACCUGUUAGCGGAUUUGUAGUAAACUUUGCCCCUAUGUUACUCACAGGUGCCAUUUUUCUUGUAAUACCGCAAUUUUUAUUUCUCUUGAAGGUUCAACACAUUUCAAUGCGAUUGCUGUGACGGUGAUGUUAGGCAAGCGACUUGUACAGUUACGAUACACUUUAAAUGGAACCUCUGGUGUUUAAGUGCAUUAGGA